UGUUUCAAAUAUGGGGAAAAUGGCCUCUCUAGUUGCCACUCUUUUAGUGGUUUUAGUGUCACUUAGCUUAGCAUCUGAAAGUUCAGCAAAUUAUCAAUACUCAUCUCCCCCACCACCAAAGGAGCCAUACCACCCUUCACCAACACCAUAUCAUCCCGCACCGGUUUACAAAUCUCCACCGCCGCCAACUCCGGUUUACAAAUCUCCACCACCACCCAAAGAGCCAUACUACCCUCCACACACUCCGUUGUACAAGUCGCCACCACCACCCAAGGAGCCAUACUACCCUCCACACACCCCUGUCUACAAGUCGCCACCUCCACCAACUCCUGUUUACAAGUCGCCACCACCUCCCAAGGAGCCAUACUACCCUCCACACACCCCAACCUACAAGUCGCCACCUCCACCAACUCCCGUUUACAAGUCACCACCACCUCCAAAAGAGCCAUACUACCCUCCACACACACCAACCUACAAGUCGCCACCACCACCAAAUGAGCCAUACUACCCUCCCCACACCCCAACCUACAACUCGCCACCUCCACCAACUCCCGUUUACAAGUCACCACCACCUCCCAAGGAGCCAUACUACCCUCCACACACACCAACCUACAAGUCACCACCACCACCAAAGGAGCCAUACUACCCUCCCCACACCCCAACCUACAAGUCGCCACCUCCACCAACUCCCAUUUACAAGUCACCACCACCUCCCAAGGAGCCAUACUACCCUCCACACACACCAACCUACAAGUCGCCACCACCACCCAAGGAGCCAUACUAUCCUCCAUACACCCCAACCUACAAGUCGCCACCUCCUCCAACUCCCGUUUACAAGUCGCCACCACCACCCAAGGAGCCAUACUACCCUCCACACACACCAACCUACAAGUCACCACCUCCACCAACUCCCGUUUACAAGUCGCCACCACCACCAAAGGAUCCAUACUACCCUCCACACACCCCAACCUACAAGUCGCCACCUCCACCAACUCCCGUUUACAAGUCGCCAACACCACCCAAGGAGCCAUACUAUCCUCCACACACCCCAACCUACAAGUCUCCACCUCCACCAACUCCCGUUUACAAGUCGCCACCACCACCCAAGGAUCCAUACUACCCUCCACACACCCCAACCUACAAGUCGCCACCACCACCCAAGGAGCCAUACUACCCUCCACACACCCCAACAUACAAGUCGCCACCUCCACCAACUCCCGUUUACAAGUCACCACCACCACCCAAGGAGCCAUACUACCCUCCACACACUCCAGUCUACAAGUCGCCACCACCACCAACUCCUGUCUACAACUCUCCUCCACCACCUUACUAUCUUUACACCUCUCCCCCUCCUCCCUACCAUUACUAA